AGUGUCACUUUGGACGUUCAGUUAACCGCCAGUAUUAGUGCGUGGUGGACGUUUCUCUUUACUUUCUAAUCGAAAUUUCUUAGGUUAGGAAAUUUACCGGUCGAACUCGAAUUUUCGAAAGGUUUUCGAAAUUCGAACGUGGUUUAUUACAUAUUUUUCAAAAAGUGAGUGUGGUUUUAUUCAAUAUUCUCUACGUAUCCCUCCAUUCUGUAUAUGUAAUUCAAGAGAAUAAUAUAAAAUGUCAGCAAAGGCAAUUCGUGAGGCAACUGGAAAAGAUCUGAUUAAUCGUAAACUUUCUCCUGGCACAAAUGCAGUAAAAUCCAGAUUUGUGACAAUAACAGAACUUACAAAUUGGACAGAUGUUGUAAAUGAUAAUCCAUGGCUGCUGACAGAGAAAUUAGUUGUCAAACCUGAUCAGCUAAUCAAGAGACGUGGAAAACUUGGUCUGAUUAAAGUGAAUGCAGAUUUGAAUACAGUGAAACAAUGGGUGGCAGAAAGAAUGAACAAAGAUCAGCAAGUAGGAAAAGCAACAGGGAAGUUGAGAACAUUUAUCAUCGAGCCGUUUGUUCCCCAUAAACAGGAAGAAGAAGCUUAUGUUUGCAUCUAUUCUCACCGAAAAGCUGAUACUAUUCUAUUCCACCAUGAAGGAGGUGUAGAUAUCGGAGACGUCGAUGCGAAGGCUUUAAAAUUGGAAGUAUCUGUUGGAGAAGAAGCACCGGAUCAGAAUACGAUAAUGGAAAAACUAUUAGUAAAUGUGGCGAGUGAAAGAAAAGAAGCAAUUGCAAAAUUCAUAGACGCCUUGUACAAGUUUUACGUUAAUUUAUAUUUCACUUACCUAGAAAUAAAUCCAUUGGUAGUAACGAAAAAUGGGAUUUACGUGCUCGAUCUUGCUGCUAAAUUGGACACAACCGCGGAUUUCAUAUGCAGACCAGACUGGGGGGACAUUGAUUACCCACCACCGUUCGGAAGGGAUGCUUAUGCGGAGGAGGCGUACAUUGCUGAUUUAGAUGCUAAAUCGGGAGCCAGUUUGAAACUAACUAUUCUAAAUCCAGCUGGUCGGAUAUGGACGAUGGUUGCUGGCGGUGGUGCAUCGGUGAUAUACUCGGAUACCAUUUGCGAUUUGGGCGCAGCAAAUGAACUAGCUAAUUACGGCGAAUACUCGGGAGCGCCCAGUGAACAGCAGACUUACGAAUACGCGAAAACGAUCUUAGGUUUAAUGACGAAGGAGAAACGAAAAGAGGGGAAGGUAUUGAUUGUCGGCGGAGGUAUCGCUAAUUUUACAAACGUUGCUGCAACCUUCAAGGGUAUUGUAAAAGCGCUACAAGAGUUUCAACCGAAACUCGUCGAGCAUAACGUGAAGAUAUUCGUAAGAAGAGCAGGACCUAAUUACCAAGAAGGUUUAAGAAUAAUACGCGAAGUUGGUAGAAGACUUGUCAUACCAGUUUAUGUAUUCGGUCCAGAAACUCAUAUGACAGCGAUAUGCGCGAUGGCUUUAGGUAAAAAACCGAUCCCGGAUCCCGAGGCUCAGGAAUUUUCCACCGCGAACUUUCUCUUACCAUCCGGACAAGAUGUAGGACCCGCAGCCCCUCCAAAAAGUACUUCUUCCACUUCGCCUACCAAGCAAUACAAACUAGCAUCGAGCGAUUCCGUUGAUGGAUCGGCGGACAAACAGCUUUUUAGCAAUAAAACCAGAGCUAUUAUCUGGGGAAUGCAAAACAGAGCUGUUCAGAGUAUGCUAGACUUUGAUUUCGUCUGCCGUAGAUCUGAACCAUCCGUAGCUGCUAUCGUAUACCCAUUCACCGGUGAUCACAAACAGAAGUUUUACUGGGGUCAUAAAGAGGUAUUAAUUCCCGUCUACAAACAAAUGAAAGAUGCCAUGGCUAAACAUACGGAUGCAGAUGUUAUGGUUACAUUUGCAUCUUUAAGAUCUGCAUACGACAGUGCAGUUGAAACGAUGCAGUUCCCUCAGAUUCGAACGAUUGCCAUUAUCGCCGAAGGUAUACCAGAGAAUAUGACAAGAAAAUUAAUUUUAAUGGCGGACCAGAAGGGUGUUGCUAUUAUCGGCCCGGCUACCGUUGGUGGUCUUAAGCCAGGUUGCUUUAAAAUUGGUAAUACCGGUGGAAUGAUGGAUAAUAUCCUUCACAGUAAACUUUACAGGCCUGGCAGCGUCGCCUAUGUUUCUCGUUCCGGUGGUAUGUCUAACGAAUUAAAUAACAUCAUCUCGAAAGCUUCGAACGGUGUGUUGGAGGGUGUUGCGAUCGGAGGAGAUCGUUAUCCAGGAACCACGUUCAUGGAUCACAUAAUGCGUUAUCAAAAGAAUCCUGACGUAAAGCUUAUUGUUCUUCUUGGCGAGGUUGGCGGUGUAGAAGAAUACGAAGUAUGCGAGGCAUUGAAGUCAAAGAAAAUUACGAAACCGUUGGUUGCCUGGUGUAUCGGUACUUGUGCCAGCAUGUUUAAUUCCGAAGUACAAUUCGGUCAUGCUGGAUCGAUCGCUCAUAGCAACUUGGAAACAGCUUCCUCUAAGAACGCUGCAUUGAAAGCAGCAGGUGCUUACGUUCCUGAUAGUUUCGACAGCCUUGGCGAUCUGCUGCAGAGCGUUUACGAGAAACUUGUCAAACAGGGAACCAUUGUUCCAGCACCAGAAGUACCACCGCCAACCGUUCCCAUGGAUUAUAAUUGGGCUAGGGAGCUUGGUUUGAUAAGAAAACCAGCUUCAUUCAUGACGUCCAUCUGUGACGAACGUGGUCAGGAAUUAUUAUACGCUGGAAUGCCGGUAACCGAAGUUCUCAAGCAGAACGUAGGGAUCGGUGGCGUAGUUUCGUUGCUGUGGUUCCAACGGUGCUUGCCGUCUAUUUAUUGUAAAUUCCUUGAAAUGUCUUUAAUGUUAACAGCUGAUCACGGUCCUGCCGUGUCAGGAGCGCACAACACCAUCGUUUGUGCAAGAGCUGGUAAAGAUUUAGUCAGUUCCCUCGUGUCCGGUCUUUUAACUAUAGGUGAUCGUUUCGGUGGAGCAUUAGACGGUGCUGCUCGUAUGUUUUCCGAAGCAUACGAUGCCGGUUUACAUCCUCAGGAAUUUGUAAAUAACACACGUAAAAAGGGUAAACUUAUCAUGGGUAUCGGUCACCGUAUCAAAUCUAUAAACAAUCCAGAUAUGCGGGUGAAGCUUAUUAAAGAAUACGUAAUGGAAAACUUCCCUGCGAAACCAUUAGUGGAAUAUGCAUUAGAAGUUGAGAAAAUAACAACAACUAAGAAACCUAAUCUAAUAUUAAAUGUCGAUGGUAUAAUUGCUUGUGCCUUCGUUGAUAUGCUAAGGAACAGCGGAACUUUCACGAGAGAGGAAGCACAGGAGUACAUUGAAAUCGGUGCUAUAAAUAGUUUAUUCGUUCUUGGUAGGAGUAUAGGUUUUAUCGGUCACUUCAUGGAUCAAAAGAGAUUGAAACAAGGCCUAUACCGGCAUCCUUGGGAUGAUAUUUCCUAUGUAUUGCCAGAGCAGUACAAUUAAAUUCAUCUUCCAUUUACAUUGUCUGUCGUAAAUGCAUAAUAAAUGUUACGAGUUCAUUUAAAGCUUAGAUAGUUUUGAUGGUCAUGCGAUGCGUGGUUUACUUAUAGCUGCGAGGACACGUUAAUUAUUAGAAUGGAUAUAUCAUGUUUGAUUUGUAGUAUUGGUAUUAAAUAUUGUAAUAUCAAUUUAUAUUGAAUGCUGUCGUACGAUAUGCCAUACUUCUUUUCAUUGCCGUAGAAAUCGAAGUUGUAUUCGAUGGGAACGUCAUUGAAAAAUUUCUAAAUUGACAGCAAUGUGUCAGCAAUUAGAGAAACAUAAAGUUAGUAAAAAAAGUUAUGAAACAUUCCAUACAGCAUCUUCAACUUGAUCAGGAGGUGGGAUGUAAGUAAAUGAAAUACUACGAUCACCAACCUAACAUGUUUGUUUUUUUUUAUAGACAAUUUAUUGAAGGUAGCACAAAAAUAUAUCAUUUUUUCAUUAAUGCAAAAUGUCACUGUUAUUUUAUUUAGAAAACUAUUAUGUAUCUGUACAUAUACAUGUACCUGCAUACAGGUGUUGUAUUAUUACAUAUAUAAUAUAUUUUUAUGUAUGUACAAAAUAUGUGAUGUACACAUAUAUGUUAUGUUACAUCAACAAUUUUUGCACAAGAUAGCUUAUCAUUUACGUAUACAGUAUGUAGGAAGUAAUAAACAAGUGUAAUAUUGAAAUACGAA